GGGUGGGACGUGGGCGCGCUAAGACAGGCGGUGGCUACCUCAGCGAAGGGAGCCGAAACUGUGUGUGAGCAGCCAGGCUGGGCCAGGAGGACCAUGUGAAUGGGGCCGGAGGGCUCCUGGGCUGGGCAGGGACCAUGGGCUGUAGCUGCAGCUCAAACCCUGAAGAUGACUGGAUGGAAAACAUCGAUGUGUGCGAGAACUGCCAUUACCCAAUAGUCCCACUGGAUGGCAAGGCCACGCUGCCCAUGCGGAAUGGCUCUGAUGUGAGGGAUCCACUAGUUACCUACGAAGGCUCCAAUCCCCCGGCCUCACCAUUGCAAGACAACCUGGUUAUCGCUCUGCACAGCUAUGAGCCCUCUCACGAUGGAGACCUGGGCUUCGAGAAGGGUGAACAGCUCCGUAUCCUGGAGCAGAACGGCGAGUGGUGGAAGGCGCAGUCCCUGACCACGGGCCAGGAAGGUUUCAUCCCCUUCAACUUCGUGGCCAAAGCGAACAGCCUGGAGCCCGAACCCUGGUUCUUCAAGAACCUGAGCCGAAAGGACGCGGAACGUCAGCUCCUGGCGCCCGGGAACACGCACGGCUCCUUCCUGAUCCGGGAAAGCGAGAGCACCGCGGGAUCGUUUUCCCUGUCCGUGAGGGACUUCGACCAGAACCAGGGAGAAGUGGUGAAACAUUACAAGAUCCGUAACCUGGACAAAGGCGGCUUCUACAUCUCCCCCCGCAUCACUUUUCCCGGCCUCCACGAGCUGGUCCGCCAUUACACCAAUAAUUCGGACGGGCUGUGCACGCGUUUGAGUCGCCCCUGCCAGACCCAAAAGCCCCAGAAACCUUGGUGGGAGGACGAGUGGGAGGUUCCCAGGGAGACGCUGAAGCUGGUGGAGCGGCUGGGGGCUGGCCAGUUCGGGGAAGUGUGGAUGGGGUACUACAACGGGCACACAAAGGUAGCAGUGAAGAGCCUGAAGCAGGGCAGCAUGUCCCCCGACGCCUUCCUGGCCGAGGCCAACCUCAUGAAGCAGCUACAACACCAGAGGCUGGUCCGGCUUUACGCGGUGGUCACCCAGGAGCCCAUCUACAUCAUAACGGAAUACAUGGAGAAUGGGAGCCUGGUGGAUUUCCUCAAGACCCCUCCAGGCAUCAAGCUGACCAUCAACAAACUCUUGGACAUGGCAGCCCAAAUUGCAGAGGGCAUGGCAUUCAUUGAAGAGCGGAAUUAUAUCCACCGUGACUUGAGGGCUGCCAAUAUCCUGGUGUCGGACACCCUGAGCUGCAAGAUCGCAGACUUUGGCCUAGCACGCCUCAUUGAGGACAAUGAGUACACAGCCAGGGAGGGGGCCAAGUUUCCCAUUAAGUGGACAGCGCCAGAAGCCAUUAACUACGGGACAUUCACCAUCAAGUCGGACGUGUGGUCUUUUGGGAUCCUACUGACGGAGAUUGUCACCCAUGGCCGCAUCCCUUACCCAGGGAUGACCAACCCUGAGGUGAUUCAGAACCUGGAGCGAGGCUACCGCAUGGUGCGGCCCGACAACUGCCCAGAGGAGCUCUACCACCUCAUGAUGCUGUGCUGGAAGGAGCGGCCGGAGGAGCGGCCCACCUUCGACUACCUGCGCAGCGUGCUGGAGGACUUCUUCACGGCCACGGAGGGCCAGUACCAGCCCCAGCCCUGAGAGGCCUAGCCGGCCGGGGCCUGGCGCCCUCCCUCCAUCUAGCUGACCUGGCCAGGGGAGACGUGGUGCUCGUGUCCUGCCUAUGUGGCCUAUGCACAUAUGGACUCUGAGUGUGAAUCCCAACCCCGUGUGGCACAUACACUUCUUGUGUCUUAUACACGGGUUCUGUAGUUGUGUGGGCUCUGCACAUGUGUCUUGUACAUGUGUGGCAUGUGCAUAUGUGACUUGGACGCCUGUUCAAGUUGUUCCCUUGGGGGUCGUUCUACUUCCCAAGACCACCGGAGGGAAGAGAGAUGCUUGUGAUUGACACCAGCUUCUGCCCGCCCCCUUUUCCUUUCCCCUAGCCAUCAAGAAACUCCUUGAAGGCUGUACCUUAUCUAAUACCUCUGUGCGCUCCUCCUUGGUGCCUGGCACACAUCAGGAGCUCAAUAAAUGACUCUCUGUGGAUGAAGA